GCUACGAUACUCGAGUCCGCGGUUCUUUCUGUGCGAUUCCACACGUGGUCCUCGAUUUUGCUGAUUCAAUUUCUUCUUAUACCGUAAAUGAGUACUUUCUUUCACCCGUCUAUUUUGGUAGGAAAAUUUAUUUUCAUCGUUGAACGUAUCAUUUUAGACUUUAUUAUGCAUGUGUAUCCCGCUAUCGACGAUUUUUUCUUUGGUCAGGCAAAAAGAGCGCAGUACGGCGUCAGUCUUUGGAUGCCAUCUUCGCGCCGUGGCGUACUUGCGUACCACCACUGCAAAGUGGGGGCAAGAGAGCCACGUUGUACGAUAGACGACAAUUUCUAAGGAUUUAUAAAAAAUGAGUUCAAGUGCGUGUUAUAAAUGUAACCGGAUGGGUCACUAUGCACGAGAGUGUCCACAAGGUAGCGGAGGUGGAGCGAGAGGCGAUCGUGGACGUGAUCGAGAAGGUGGUUUUGUCCGAGGACGUGAUAAGUGCUACAAGUGCAACCAAUAUGGACAUUUUGCACGCGAAUGCAAAGAGGAUCAAGACCUUUGCUAUCGUUGCAGUGGCGUUGGGCACAUUGCAAAAGACUGCCAACAGGGGCCUGAAAUGAGCUGUUACAACUGCAACAAGACUGGUCAUAUUGCACGUAGCUGCCCAGAAGGUGGUAACGACUCUGGACGUUUCGCGAUGCAAAGUUGCUACAAUUGUAAUAAGACAGGUCAUAUCGCUCGUAACUGCACCGAGGCUGGAGGCAAGACAUGCUACAUGUGUGGCAAACCUGGUCACAUAAGCCGUGAAUGUGAUCAGGACGACAGGAAGUAGGAGAUAACCGGAAUCCGUGCCGCUCGCUUAACGAUAAGCCGUUUACCGUCGCGCGCGCUACUACCGGGAAUUGUAGCUAGGUAGGGAUGUGCGAACCUAUGUCUCGUUAAUACGUAUAAUUCCUAAAAAAUGCGUUCCGCCAUAGCCGUUCGAAUCUCCAUCUCUCUACGCUCAACUCCCGGAAGCCCAUUUUAUUUCUAGUUUCCUUCCCCUCUACAUGUCGUUGUUCUCUUCGCAAGGGUUUUUUCUUAUGACAUCUUUGUUCUUUUUUAUUGCUGUUACAUUACACCAUACAUGCGUGCGCGCGCACAAAGUACAUUUACACAUAGGACACAUUCAGCAUUACAUGAAUACACACACUAUACGAUGUAAUAAUAUUAUAAACAUUCAAUUGAAUUAGAGUAGAGACAUGAAUCCUCUGUCCCCUGACCUUCGAUCUAUCUCGUACGCGCAUUGUUUUGCGAUGCAAGAUGUAUGGAUAUUUUUUAUGUGAUUCGUAACAAAUUUUACAAUUACAACACCCUCGGUCAUAUCCGGUCAAGUUGAAUAAUUCAUAUUGAAACAAGAAAGACUAUUGGACGAUCGAAUUAAAAAAGAUCGUUGUUUCUUUGAUACGUUAAAGGAAUUGAAUGAUCAGUUGGACUUAUGUUAUCUUCACGCAUCCACGCAUCUUGUAUCCGGUCCUCCCUCUCGAACUCUCUAGCAACUCGAGUUAAGAAAAAAAAAGAAUUCAGAAUUAAUGGGAAAGGAAGUGAACAUGCCGGCCCUGAAUACAUAUAAGUAAGGUUUAGUAACGCCAAUUUUUGAUGUGUAAGGAUGUAAUGAGGAUCGUUGAACUUAUUAUUUUAUAACAGACCUAGUUUCAGAUAUUAUAACAAAAACUGCACAAUUGUAUGAUUGUCAGUGUUUACGAGUUUAUAUACAGUUAUACUUGGGAUAUUAUUCUAGAUUCUGAUGAACUAGGACAAAACAAAGCGUGCUUUGUAUGUCAGACUCAUUAAAUGAAUUACACGAUUACCGAAAUGAUCAUCAAUGAUUAUUACAACGUAUAUAUGUAUAUAUACAUAUAAACACAGAGGUCUAUACAAGUUUGCACAUUUUGUAUGUACAAUCAUAAUUGUUAUACUGAGGAUCACCAUUGUUCAUAUUGCCAGUGAUUGUUACGGACUUUGAAGAAUGCAGUUGCAUUUUACCUUACUAUAUCCUUACAUAUGGUGAAAUAAUUCGUUACUAGGUAUAUGUAUAUGUAUAUAUAUGCGCAUAUGUGUAUACAUAUAUACAUACAUAUGUGCAGGAGCUGUAUUUUGUACUGUAAAAAGCUAGAUAUACUCUGGUCGUUGCUGGUGACUAAUUCCGAUAAUUCUCUUAUUUAUACAUCACAAACAAACAAAAAUAACGCAAAAAAAAUUAUAUUUUCAUGUAUAAAGUACUACACUUAUCCUUUUUAUAAGUUGUAGAGUGAAAUUUUUAGAUACAAUUUAUCUAUUAUCUUCUUUUUUGUCGAACGUUUGUUGAAAAAUCAUGAGGCGAAAGAAGAAAAGAAUCACGUUGCGGAUUUGGAAGUAUCUCAUUGUGAACACCGUAGUAGAAGAUUAUUAUGUUACUUAUAAGUACAAAGAUAUGCAAGGUUUUUCUAAAAAACGAAAAAGAAGAAAAAAGGAAGGAGAAGAAACAAAGAAAACGAGUGUCUAAUAGGAAGUAAACUAGACUGCAGCAAAUUUGACGGUGAUGCCGUAUUUAGAAAUAUGGAGCCAGUGUUGUUGGGAUAUGAAAUUAAUUGAAUCCCUUUAAUUGAAAUUCGUUCUGUCGAACGAGCGGUUCAAUUUGAAUUAACGUGAAAGAUCGUUCUCAGAUCUUUGUUCAGUCUAGGUAGAUUCGAUGGGGACGUGUUGUGCACGCUACGAUUUAUGUAAAUUGGGGAUAUGCAGGUACCUGACAUGUUGAGUUCGAUUCGGAUAAAGUUGGACGGGUAUAGGGACUCGAGUUACACGAACUUUCAGUAGCCCCAUUAUUUCGGGCCUUGAGCGCCAAGAUUCGAGCUGACCCGAUUUUUGACGAUUUCACCCGAACGUAAUGGGGUCACCCGAGGGGCCGCAUGUCUCGAGUCCGAGCUUAUCCCACUUUCUUCGAUUCGACUUGACACGUUUGAUUGCACGUAUGUCCCUAAUGUAGACGCAUUUCAUCGAAACGUUCUUUUUAAACGAUCUAUUAGAACAAUGACGAAUCGUCGCGUGCAUGCGAUCCAAUUGAUGCUUUUACCAGCAGCGACGCGUGUAUUAAUGUUCAGAAGCCAGGCGUGCCUGACUCGGUGAAACUGAAACGCCUCGUGCGUCACAUUGCGUAGUAGAGGUGUCCUGUAACAAUUUUAUACACUUAACUGUUCGGGACUUAAAAACCGAUCUCAUACAUGGUUUUGGUAGUAGUAAUCAGUGCGCUAGUGCGUCUGACGAGAUUUGGAGGAUCAAAAAAUUGUACUUCGCUAAUGGACCGUAACCUUUGGUGCUUUCAUUGGAUGCACGAUUUAAAAGUAAUUGACCGAAAAUCUGUAUGAAAUAUUUUUUUAGUUUCUUUGUUUCUGUGAUCGAUGCGUUGUACAGUCUCAAUGUACGUGCACUCGGGUGCGACGUUAGGCUUCCUUUGAAUAAAGACGAAGGUGGGGCGAAGGCACCCUUGUUCUCGAUUUUGGAAGAAUAUGUAAACUUUGAAACUUCUAAAUUCUCAAACUUCGGAAUUCUUAAAUCUGUAAAAGUUGCUGUUUUCCAAAUUCCUACAUUUUCAUAUUCUAAAUUCCCAAAUUGUUAAAUUCGAAAAUUGACUAAAAUUGAAGGGUACACCUUUUCCCUACGUCGUCAUUUUCCUCAGGAAAGUCGACCAUACUCUCAAGUGUACAAUGUUAUAUGAUAUGUACCGUGAUACAACGAUGCCUUACUAUGUAGGGUGUCGUAGAGGAAAACAUACUUCGAGGAUAUACAGUUUAGGUGUGGGGUUCAUUGGUGGCACCGGAGGUUCACAGACGAGCAUAAAAAAUGAGUGCGAUAGGGCACCUGCGCUUUUGUCUCUGCUACAAGACUUACGUACGAAUAUUGUAAAGAAUACGACUGUUACAGUGUAUGAACUAAUUUUGAUCGGUGUACGGCCGAUCACGGCUCGACUUAUAUUAAUCUAUUAAUACUUAAAUGAAGAAAAUGAAGAGGAUGAAGAGGAAAAAAAAAGAAAAUUAAGCUACAAAGUAAUAAAGGAUUGCGGAGUAUUUGAAGUUAUGUUUUUAAACUGAAUUUUUGAAAUAGAAUGUGUACGGAGAGGCAAAGACGAGAUCUUGUUUUUCUUUUCUGUUCCCUACAUGCUUGAUCAGGUGGCUUGUUCACCUAUUUAUUUGAGGGGUACUCCUGCAUCUAAAAUUAAGGAAGUGUACGAUAUAUGACAUACUUCAUGUACUAUUUAUGUUUCACUUGAAAGAGGAGAUCAAUUACUAAUAAAAUGUAAAUGUAUAAUUUC